AUGGGUUCCAAUUUCCUCAAAUCAAUCACCACUCUCCUCUUAAUUUUUUCUACUCUUUCUAUUGCCACAGCCUUUAUCCUAGACACAGAUGGCGAACCACUCUUCAAUAGUAGGAAAUACUACAUCCUCCCCCAAAGCCUAGGCUUUGGUGGUGGCCUCAUAAGAACAACAAAAACAACGGACUUACCUUGUCCAUACUACAUAACCGUAGACAACGACGACACCUCUUAUGGUAUGCCUCUUAUCAUCAGUUCCCCUUUCAGAAUAUUGUACACUCCGUUAUCUUCUCCUGUUUACAUUGCCUUUGAAGAAAUGAUAACUGUUUGUAUUGAAUCAAUGGGGUGGCGCCUGAACCCCGACAACUCAACCGGUCGAUCGUACGUGAGCACCGGUGCUAGUGGCUUCGACUUAACUCAGAGGUUCACAAUUGAGCACGCUGGGAGCGAGUUUGAGAAUAAUGUGUAUAAGAUUAGGUAUAUUGGUGCAUCAGGUGAAGGAAGAGAUGUUGGAUUCUUUGACUUUAAUGAGGAUGGACUUUUGGGUAUUACUGAUGAUAUCCCUCUUACUGUUAUGUUUAAGAAAGCAAUCAUUCUUGAGGAGACAACCUCUGGAAUGUAG